AUGGCAGGCUCAGCUAGGCGUGGCUUUCGAAACAAUCGUGCAUCUCGCAGUCGACGAGGCAAGGGUAAAAAGGAUCAGAGCCCUCUUGACCAACCCGGAGAAGUUCUUGGAAAUGGAUCUCAUUUUUCGGAUUUUGGAAAAACUGCUUCUCGCUCCAAUAUUCGGUACAAUGGAAGAGCUCGCUAUCGAGCAAGCCAAAAGGAAAAUAUCAAACCUCACUCGCCGCAACUUACCCAGACUCCAGCAAAUGCGUCAAACACAAGAAACAGAAACCAUCCUCAGAAGCUGGACGCCGUCCGUUCAUCACCGCGAAACCAUGUAUACAACACGGAAACUCCAGAGCAUGCUAGACACAUGCAAGAGCAUACCAAUAGCAAGCGUGCGCCUGGAUCUCCACUGGCUUCAAAACCCGAUACUAAACGACAGAAGGCGAACUACCCAACACCAGUACCGAGGGUUCUGUUCUCCCAACCCGCUCCCAAAUGCUCAACUUCUGCGCAAAAAGCACAAGAGAACAAACUGUUCGUUCCUGGAAAGAAAGUCAACUCCUCCGAGGGACCGGCAAAGCCUGCAUCGCUCUUGGGCCUUCCUGCAGAGAUCCGUUGGGAGAUCUACCAGUACCUUUUCGAACCACAUCGUGUAGAAAUUCUCCGUCGCAAGGAUAAGAACACCGAUACGUCUUGGCCAGCUCGCUAUAGACUUUAUCAUCGCCAGCAGAAGCCUCGUAACCCAUCUACGCAGGCUGUUGGUAAUAAUGGCCACCGUACCAGGCCGACACCAUUCUUAUUUGGCCUUGUUUUUACAUGCCGAACUAUUUAUUGCGAGACAGUUCUUCUGCUAUACUCGACUGCGCAGUUUAUAUUCAGUUCCGCGAAGUCAAUCAUGCGAUUUCUUAGAACCACAUCCAAGGAUCACCUGGCUGCUGUCCACCAUGUAGAGCUCAGUCACAUCAUGUACAAUGAGCCACGAUUGACGGCGUUCCGCACAUUCAAGAUCCGCAGUGACCUUGCUUGGUACAGUGCCUGUGAUGAGAUGGCAUCAGCCUGUGUUUCUUUAAAGGUGCUACAUGCCAGAAUAGCCAUUUAUGAUUGGCCCAUCCGACUGGAAAUAGGCGAACUCUGGUCUAUGCCGCUUUUGCUGUUCGGCCACUAUGACGGAGGCUUAGACUAUGCGGGCGUUCAGCUUCAAAUGAAAAGGUUUCAGGACGACAAACUUCGGUCUGUGGCGCGCGCUCUGGAGCAGAAGAUGAUGAAACCAAAGAUGUUUCAAAUUCGAGAAGACGAACAACUGGCCAAGGAAUUGAUGGGACCGAUUAAAGCAAGAAAGAUAUUGAAGUUAGUGGUUUAG